UCUCCUACCUUAAGCUUGAGAAGAUGGGCCGGAAGAGGAAAUGUGUUGGAGACAAUUUGUAGACACUAAUCUGGAAAAUCUGAUGGAUCAAGAUAUUGGACAACAUCCUUACAGACUAUAUAUAUAUUACAUUAUCGUUGAAAAACUUCUGUACCUAUUCAGACACGGGCCCAAUUCAAUGAGGGAUGCAUCCAUGCGGAAGUGGGAUGAGGUCAGAUCGGCAGAAUGACGGAAGUACCAAAUGAAGAGCCAGGACCACGAGAUCUACCUCCCAAGUACCUUUAUAUUUUCAUUGAAAAAUGUCAUCGGUGGAAUAUUGAAGUUAUACGAAGUAAAAUGAAUUUAGUUGUGGCCCAAAAACGUUGCUCUAAAAUUCGAUCGGAGCUAGAUAUACGUCUAUACCAGCUACAUCUGUUUACAAUAAGUUUAUAUUCUCUGUGACGUCAUUGAUAUUCUUAAUUGUGUCGUCAUAUAUGGAAUGUAAUUAUGACGUCAAUAUUGCUGUGCUUCACAACCAGUUUGCUGUUGUACGGUAGUUUUAUGCACCGUUUAACAAGAAGUAAAUACCAAGAAAAUCAACACCUAACCUCAACUAUGGAAGCUGAAUUACUUGAGAGAUCAUGCUACGUCAAACUGAAACAGAUAGCACCAGACCCACAAACCGGAUAUAACUACAAAUGUGCCAUUGUCAACCCUGCUCCGGCCACUAGAGAUGACCUGAUGAACCCAGCAUGGUUAAGAUAUCUUCCACAUUCUCCAAAGUAUUUGGAAAGAUUGUGCUACAUCAAACUUAAACAGAUUGCACCAAAUCCACAGAGCGACUUCAGCCACAGGGCCAUUGUCCACCCUCCUCCGGCCACAAGAGAUGAACUGAUGACCCCAGCAUGGUCAAGAUAUCUUCCGCAUAUACCAAAACCUAAAUCGCCCCACGGCUGGGUCAGCUGCCCGCCCCACGAGGAGGAUGCUGAGUUGAGGGAGAAAAGUGCCACCCGGAACAAAGUAUGGUACGACCUGUUCUACAAGAAGGAUUCCUCCAAGACUGAAAACGAAUCAUUUUGUUUCAACGUUAUGAAGAAACACAGAACGACGAAAUCUCUACACGACAUCUUACUCACACGUAAUCCAAGUGAUGACGUCAUUGGCUCACCAGCCUCCGGCAGCUGCAGCGUCUGAUUUGUCUUAAGAAGAUACCACGUUUUUUUUAUCUUCUGCUUAUUCGAGAUAUUUAAUUGCGACUAAUAACAGAUUGUUUAUAGAUAUUUAACUGAUCAUUUAACUUGAAAAAAACCCCAAUCAUUUGAAAAUAUCUACAAAAUAUCCAUCUUUUUGUUGAGGUGAACUUUACAUAAACAUAUCUCUUUAGGAAGGGAAACUUAUUUUUAUUAUUUUGACAAAUAUUGUACCCCGUCUUGAUAGUCAAA